AUGUCAGGAUCAGGUAGCCUCUCGUGCGUUCUGCGAAGGAUGCGAAUCAUCGCACGGAGAAAUCCCCUCGAUCCUCGGCGCCUGCGACCCCCUUGCUCGUCCCUACGAUCCUUUUCGACCACGGUGCCGGUGUUCCAGUCGCCUGUGCCCUCCCCCCCGACACAGCUGAAAUUCACGACGGACAACUACCCGCAGCUGAAAAGGAACUCGAGCUUCUCUGAAGUCACCGCCGAGCAUGUUCGGCAUUUCAAGAGCAUCCUCGGCGCCCAGUCAGCAGUCAUCGACGGCGUCUGCGAGGAUGCUGCCGAUGAUAUCGAGCCGUUCAAUCGAGACUGGAUGAAAAAAUACCGCGGCCAUACCAGGCUGGUGCUAAAGCCGCAGAAUGUGAGGGAAGUCAGCCGGAUAUUGCAGUACUGCAACGAGAAUAAACUCGCGGUGGUUCCUCAAGGUGGAAACACGGGCCUGGUCGGGGGCGGGGUGCCAGUCUUCGAUGAAAUCGUGGUAAAUAUGUCGCGGAUGAAUAGGAUUCGAUCCUUCGAUGAGAACUCCGGCGUCGUAUCCGUCGACGCGGGUGUCAUCUUGGAGACCGCGGAGAAGUACCUUGCCGACAGAAACCAUAUCUUUCCACUCGACCUGGGCGCAAAGGGCUCCUGUCAUGUUGGAGGGAACCUCGCCACCAAUGCCGGCGGCUUACGGCUGCUGCGCUAUGGCAGCCUACACGGGAACGUCCUUGGCCUGGAAGCGGUCCUCCCGGACGGCACGAUCGUCGAUGACAUGUGCAUGCUCCGAAAGAACAAUACUGGUUAUGACUUUAAGCAUCUCUUCAUUGGCGGUGAGGGCACGAUCGGCAUCAUCACGGGUGCAUCGAUCAUUUGCCCGCAGCGGCCCAAGGCCGUCAAUGUUGCCUAUUUCGGCCUGCAGAGCUAUGAUCAUUUAUGCAAAGCCUUCCGCGAAGCGAAAGUUCAAUUGUCUGAAAUUCUUUCCGCGUUUGAACUGAUGGAUGGGAAGAGCCAGGACAUGGUGCAUACUGUCACUGGUCUCAAGAGGCCGCUUGACGGAUCGUAUCCUUUCUACUGUCUGAUCGAAACGAGCGGGUCGAAUGGGGAGCACGACAGCGCGAAGCUUGAGGCUUACCUAGAGCACGUUAUGGGCGAGUCUAUCGUUGAGGAUGGGGUGCUAGCUCAAGAUGAGACCCAGGCACAGUCGCUAUGGCGCUGGAGAGAAGGCAUUACUGAAUCUCUGAGUCAUCUUGGUGGCACAUACAAAUAUGAUGUUUCCAUCCCGCUCACUGAGCUAUAUCAGCUCGUCGAGGAUACUAAGGAGCGCCUCUCCAAUGCAGGCCUUGUUGGGAACGAUGAUAGCUACCCUGUGCACGAAGUGCUCGGGUAUGGGCAUAUGGGAGACUCAAAUCUCCACUUGAAUGUGGCUGUGCGGCGCUAUAGCAAGGAAGUAGAGAGCAUGAUUGAGCCGUGGGUCUAUGAAUGGAUACAGCAGCGAAAAGGGAGUAUUAGCGCUGAACAUGGCUUGGGAAUCGCGAAGAAGGAAUUUAUUGGCUACAGCAAGAAUGAUACCAUGAUCAAGCUGAUGCGCCAGUUGAAAACGCUCUAUGACCCGGUGAGUCCCAUACUCAUAUUCACUCCCCCUUUCCAGACCUUUCCUUAUCUAAUGAGCAUCUCCAUAGAAUGGAAUAAUGAACCCGUACAAAUACAUAUAAUGAUCUGCAAUGCAGACGCAAUGCUUAUCCCUGCAGAGUAA